AUGGCGACUUAUGGUGAGCGAGCUUUAAAAUUUCGUAACGAGACAGCAAGAAAAUUAUUUGAAGUAGUAGAACGUAAAAAAACCAAUUUAAGUUUAGCGCUUGAUGUUACUACAAAAAAACAGUUUCUUGAGGUGGUUGAUAAAGUUGGACAGUAUAUUUGUUGUUUGAAAACACAUAUUGAUGUUAUAACAGAUUUCGAUCAAGAUCUAAUUGAUCAAUUACAAAAGUUAAAAGCUAAACAUGAUUUUUUGAUUUUUGAAGAUAGAAAAUUUGCAGAUAUUGGAAAUACUGUGAAACUUCAAUAUUCUAAAGGAAUUUAUAAAAUAGUAGAAUGGGCAGAUAUUACAAAUGCACAUUUAUUACCGGGUGAAGGUAUUGUAUUAGGAUUAAAGGAGGUUGGAUUACCAUUAGGCAGAGGAUUAUUAUUAAUAGCAAAGAUGUCUAGUAAAGGUAACUUAGCAACUGGAUCAUACACCAAGGAAACUAUAAGAAUGGCACAUAAUCAUGAUGAUUUUGUAAUUGGAUUUAUUUAUGCCAAUUCUCAUCCUCCCUCUGGUAGUAGCAGAGUUGGGUUAGAUGUUUCAAAAGAUAAAAUGGGUCAACAGUAUAGUACACCAGAAGAAGUUAUAACAAAUGGUAAAACUGAUAUUAUUAUUGUUGGUCGUGGAAUUUAUGCAAGUGGUAAAGACAUGGUUGAUGAAGCGAAAAGGUAUAGGGAUGCAGGAUGGAAUGCUUAUUUAGAUAAAUUAAGAAGAUCAGGAAAAGAUCAAAUGAAUUUUUUUCGUAGCUUAACUUCAAUUGUACCGCCAAUUGCCGAGAACACCAUUAGGAAAACCACUAAAUAUGGAGGAAAGUAUACUGUCACAUUGAUCCCAGGAGAUGGUAUCGGGCCAGAGAUUGCAGAAUCAGUUAAAACAGUAUUCAAAGAGGCCAAAGUUCCAAUUGAAUGGGAACAAUAUAAUGUUACCGGGUAUACUGAAGAUAGCGAUUUGUUAUUUCAACAAAGUAUGGAAAGUUUAAGAAGAAAUAAAGUUGCAUUAAAAGGAGUAAUUUAUACAUCCACAAAAAAAGACGAUCAUCCAUCUUUUAAUGUUGCGAUGCGUAAAGAUUUAGACAUUUAUGCGUCAUUGGUAUUAAUAAAAAAUAUUAAAGGAUAUCCAACACGUCACAAAGAUGUAGAUUUUGUUAUUAUUCGUGAGAAUACUGAGGGGGAAUAUGCAGGGAAACUUGGAGAUGGAUUAUUUUUAAAUACAUGUCGUAAAAUUGCAGAAGAUUAUAAACCAUUAGGAAUUGAAUUUAAUGAUAUGAUAGUUGAUAACUGUUCUAUGCAACUUGUAUCCAAACCACAACAAUUUGACGUUAUGGUAAUGCCUAAUUUGUAUGGAGCAAUUGUAAGCAACAUUGGUGCAGCAUUGGUUGGUGGACCGGGAGUUGUUCCAGGUGCAAAUAUAGGUAAAGAAUAUGCAUUAUUUGAGCCGGGAGCACGUCAUGUCGGUAGAGAUAUUCAAGGAGAUAAUAAAGCCAAUCCAACAGCAUUUAUUCUUUCAGGAGUAUUGUUGUUAAGACAUUUAGGACUUGAUGAUGAUGCUAAUAGAAUUUAUAAUGCAGUAAUUAAAGCAAUACUACAUGGAUCGGCCAAAACUCGUGAUAUGGGUGGCAAUUCGACAACAACAGAAUUUACACGUGAAGUUAUUUCUAAUUUGUAG